GUAUUUGUUCCAUUCUGAAUAAUAGCGGGUAGCGCUAAUUUACAAUGUUUUACAAACGAAUAUUUUAAACUGUAAAAGAACAAUAGCACAACUUUAAGGUGACUGAAUAAACUGGUUUAACUUAAACAUAAUUACAAACUUUUGAAAUAAUAGCGCUACGGUCUUUUUAUUGUGAUCGCGUUGGUAUAUGUAUGUAAUGUUAGAUUUUGGUUAACACCCUGGGUAUUGGAAUUCUACAGGAGGCAAAAAAGGCUCGCGCAAAAGUUUUGGGCGCGGUUUAAGGCUUAAAGCAGUAUUUUGUUCAUAAAUUGUCAGAGGAAGAUACUUUUCGUUUAAGUUAAAUAUUUCAAUUCUAGUGUUUUUAUUAGGAUACUAGUGUUUGUUUCAACUGUUAUAUAAUAUUAACUGGUUACGUAAAUUCCACUUAGCACCGUUGUUGGAUAUAUAAGUUCCAUAUUACAAACGUAUUAAAAGGAGUGCUAGUGCGAAUUUUUCAACAGACAGACACUCUCUGAAAAAUGUUUUAAGAGGGAACUUUAAACCAAAAAUAAUGGAAAUGGAUAUAAGUAAAGGAAAUAUAGUGGGAUUGUUGAUUCUCUUUGGACUCUUUCUGUCUGCCAAUGCACAAUGUAACAUAUUGAAUUGCAAAACAUGUGGGGAACAAAAUGGCGCCCAGGUUUGUUUGACUUGUAAUGAAGAUUACGGACAAAAUGCGGGUCGUACAGCAUGCUGCAGCAAAGGAUGCCAAGAGGACGCUCUGUCUUACCUCAGCUGUAACGCCAAUGACGGUAGAUGCACUUAUGAGGGCUGCAAAGAAGGUUACAUAGGUGAAUACUGUCAACGGUGCUCUGAGAAAAUACAGAACUGUGAUGGUUGUGUUAUGCUCCAAGACACUACCGUCAUCCAAUGUACAAACUGUGCCACUGACUUCUUCAUAACGACGGACCAACAACACUGCUGUCCUCAAGGCUGCGAUAGUUGUACGGGAACUGAUGGAACAAUCUGUACCUCAUGUAAAGCAACGUAUUACCUGUACAACGAAGGUUGUGACACGUGCGGGAACAACUGUGUGGUGCCAUCAGAUGGCUCGGCUAGGUGCGACCCGGUCGACGGAAGAUGCUAUCUUGGAUGUCAAGAUGGAUGGCAUGGUCCAAAAUGUGACGUAGAGUGCACUUUGUCCAGAUGUGACAGAUGCGACUACAACACUAAUACCCAGAACCUCACCUGUGCUGAUUGUUCACUCGGGUACUACGGGCCAUACUGCGGCGCAUGCGGAGUAAACUGUUCACCGACCACUGCCGCGAACCAGGAACUAUGCUAUCAGGACGGCACAUGCGCGAACGGCUGUAAGCCUGGUUACCGUGGCAACAAGUGUGACAUUGCCUGUGACUCUGCCGUAAAUCUAGGAAACUGUGACGAGUGCGAGAGAUACCCCUUUAGAUGUACCAAAUGCAAACCUAACUACUGGGGAGACCAAUGUCAGAACGAGUGUAACCAGAACUGUGUGGUGUUUGGAGGUGCUCGAACCUGUUCUAUAGAUCAGGGGAGCUGCGAUUUCGGUUGUCUGGCCGGAUAUUACAAACACGACUGUAGCGGGUCAUGUCCUUUCUGUGGCAAUGAUGUCUGUGACAGAACUUCAGGGGACUGUCUCGACCCGGUCUGUGAUCCCGGCUAUCACGGCUCCAACUGUAAUUUUACCUGUCCAACAAACUGCGUACCAGAUCCUGUUUCCGGUAACCCAGUCUGUAACUUCCAGUACGGUAACUGUACAAACGGCUGCAUAGACGGAAGGUGGGGAGCUUUCUGUAACCAAGGUUGCAGUGUUAACUGUGCAUUCAGUCCCGCAGCAACGGAAACAGGGCCACUUUGCGAGCAGAGAACUGGAAACUGUGACUAUCAGUGCAAGCCUGGGUACUUCGGGCACGACUGUAGAAAACCUUGUGAAUCAAGAUGUGUUGAUGAAAGGUGUGAUAUCACCGCGGGCACCUGCUUGGCAUGUAAUGUGACCAACCCUGGCUACCUCUGCCCGGAAGGAACUUGUGCUACCGGGUCGUACGGGCAGUACUGUAAUUUAUCCUGUCCUGGAUCUACUCAGUGCCUAGGUGGAUCAUGUAAUAGAUACACGGGAUUUUGCAACCAAUGUGUGCUUUCAAAGUGGGGUGUUUAUUGUAAUUCAUCCUGCCCAAACUGCAUUGAUGGUCUUUGCAAUCAAAAUAAUGGAGUUUGUGAAAUAGCUUGCCAAAAUCGAUACUUCGGUCAACAAUGUAAUCAGGAAUGCAAUCCUAAAUGUUUGAAAUGCAACAGAACUACGGGUGAAUGCGAUGUGUGUGAUGUUGGCACUUUCGGCGAGCUUUGUGAAAAUGAUUGCAGUUUCUAUUGCAAAGCCGAAGAGACAGGGAUUGCUACGUGUUCUAAACUGGGAGGAUUUUGUACAUCUGGUUCAUGUGUGCCAAGAUACUUUGAUCCUACGUGUAGAUCAGAGUGUAAUAGAUAUUGUGCCCCAGACAUUAAUGGCAUUGUCACAUGUGAUUUUGAAACAGGGCAUUGCUCCAGUGGUUGUUUUGUUGGGUACUUUGGUCUUUCUUGUUCUGGUGUGUGCAGUGAAACUUGUUUUACAAGGGAAUGUUAUGGAAACGCCAAUAAUUGCACAGUUGGGUGCAUUGGCACAUACUAUGGGUUUCCUGCUUGUAACUUGACAUGCAAUGAAAACUGCAAACAAGGCACAUGUUUUGAUAACAACGGCACGUGUGUAUACGGUUGUGAAACAGGAUAUUUCGGAGAUAUGUGCGACCAAAGAUGUAAACUAGAGGAUUCUUGCAUAGAUAACACUUGUCACAGAAAGCUUGGAUACUGUACAGAAUGUGACGAAGUAGACAGAAGCUAUCAGUGCAGAGAUGCUGAUUGUGACGUUGGAAAGUUUGGUCAAUAUUGCAAUAGUACAUGUCCAGGAAGACAAUUUUGCAAGAAAGACCUCUGUGAUAGGUACACAUCCGUGUGUGUAGGAUGUGUGCCAAACUACUAUGGAGAACACUGUGACAAGAAUUGCAGCCACUGUGUAAACGGAGAUUGCCAACAGGAAGACGGUGUAUGUAAUGGAGACUGUAUCGCAGGUUAUUAUGGGCCAAAAUGUAAUAAAGUUUGUCACAAUCGGUGCACAGUCUGUAACCGUGUAACCGGAAGUUGUGAAAUAUGUGACGCGGGAACAUAUGGCGAUAUUUGCCAGAUGAACUGUAGCCAAAAUUGUGUUCCAUCUUUAAGCGGGAAAAUAACGUGCAGUAAGAUUGGAGGUGAUUGCGACGAAGGUCGUUGUCAAGUCGGAUAUUAUACUUCGACAUGUGAAGCCACGUGCAGCCAGUAUUGUUACCAAGAUGAAUGCGAUUUCAACUCUGGAAGAUGUCUAUACGGAUGUGAAAUCGGUCAUUAUGGUGCCAUUUGUGAUGGGAUUUGCAGUGAAACAUGCCUUAAUAACAACUGUAACGGUACAUCCAAUAACUGCUUAGCAGGAUGUGUCGGUGAAUAUUACGGAGAGUUUUGUGAUUUGCCAUGCAGCGAAAACUGCUUUACAGACCAGUGCGACGAUACCGGAUAUUGUAAACAUGGCUGUGAUUUCGGCUGGUACGGGAAUUUGUGUAACGACCCAUGUAGCAGCACAUGUACAGAUGAUAGUUGUGAUCGUGUUACUGGAAGAUGUGCAGAAUGUAGCCAGGCUAAUGCAGGACCUCUGUGUAGGAAUGCUACAUGUGUUACCGGGUUCCGUGGCUUGAAUUGCAGUGUUCGUUGUGAAAGUAAUUUCUGCAAAGGCAACACAUGUGACCGUUACAGUGGGAAAUGUAUCGGUUGCUUACCAGGACGUUAUGGCGAUCUCUGCACAGAAUUUUGUGAUACUUGCCGCGAAGGAAGCACAUGUCAGCAGGUUGAUGGGGAAUGCGACGAUGGUUGUGUUAAUGGAUGGUUUGGAUCAUACUGUCGGCAAACUUGCGAUUCAUGCAUCACAUGUGAACAGAGCACGGGACUCUGUACGCAUUGUCCAACAGGAAAAUUUGGUGGGCUGUGUACCAGCAAUUGUAGUUCACAAUGUAUGCCAAUCGGCGGCACUAUAUCUUGUGAGUUACAGACAGGAAAUUGUAAUUCAGGGCGGUGCCUUCCGGGCUACUGGGGAACCGAUUGCUUCUCUACUUGCCAUCAAAAUUGUGAUGCUAAUCCACAAACGGGGAUCACGUCGUGCAACAUUGACAACGGUUCUUGCGAUUAUAACUGCACUGCUCGAUACUAUGGUCCACAAUGCAACAUUCCCUGUGAUUCGUUCUGCUAUGAUUUUACGUGCGAUAGAGAAGAUGGUGUAUGCGCAGAAUGCAGCAAAGCAAAUCCUAAUUUUAAUUGUCCUGAUGCAGCAUGCGAAGAGGGUAAAUAUGGGCAGAAGUGCGAUCUGUUUUGCUCAAACGGUUGUACGAGAAUUUGCGAUCGAUACACGGCCGAAUGUUCAAGAUGUAAAGAAGGAUUAUGGGGAUCUAAAUGUGACAAGGCCUGCCCAUCUGGUAGCGGCUGUCGUGAAUGUGAUCAAACUACCGGGAUCUGUAUCACUUGCAUUGCUGGAAAACACGGCACAGACUGCGACUUAGAUUGUGGGUUUUGCAGUCUUUCUUCGGAUGGAUCAGUUUACUGCAAAAAAGACAAUGCUGACUGCUUGACUUCAUCAUGCAUACCAGGCUACCACGGAAGAACGUGCGAACACAGUUGCAGUCCCACGUGCUUUGAUUCUGGUGACGGUAUUAAUAAUUGCGAAUUUAAUACAGGAAUAUGUAGUGACGGCUGCGAUAUAGGGUAUUUCGGUCAUUACUGCGAAGAUGAAUGCAGUAUCACGUGUUUAAAUAAUGAUUGCCAGGGAUCUGCAACGGACUGCAAACAAGGAUGCGCAUUUGGAUACUACGGGAGUGAUUGUUUAACGCCGUGUCCUGAGAACUGCGUCGGUGGUGGUUGUGACGAGAAGACAGGAGCGUGUGACAGCUCCUGUCAAGCGGGAUUUUUCGGCGAUACAUGUACGACGCCGUGCGAGUCGACAUGUAUAGAUGCUAAAUGUAAUAAAGAACGGGGCGAUUGUUUAGAGUGUCAGGCAAAUGCUAAUACCGGACGGCCAAAAUAUUUUUGCAGAGAUGCUGUUUGUCCAGUCGGCAAGUACGGUCAGUUUUGUCAAACAAACUGUACGGACAACUGCAUUUUGACAUGUGGAAGAUAUAAUGGAACAUGUUUCGGUUGUGAUCCAGGAUAUCACGACAGCCUUUGUGAUUUACGGUGUGGACAAUGCAGUUCUGGAACCUGCGACCAGAAAUCCGGUUUAUGCACUACUGAUUGCAAUCCAGGAUAUUGGAAUAUGUAUUGCAACCAGACAUGUUUACAUGGCGGUUGCAAAACGUGUUUCCAAGGCAGUGGACAAUGUGAAACGUGUGAUAUUGGUUUAUACGGUUUUACUUGCAGUUCUAAUUGCAGUAAAUUCUGUGCAAGGGAUUCGUUUAAUCAGAUCGUAUGUGAAAAGGAUAACGGUUAUUGCAGUGAAGGAAAGUGUCUUCCAGGAUACUGGAACAAACCAUGUGAUGCUCAGUGCAACGAAAAAUGUCUUGCUAAUUCCGACGGUGCAAGGACAUGUUCAGUCGACGAAGGUGACUGCGACAUAGGUUGUGAGCCCACUUAUUAUGGAGGCCAUUGUAACUUGCGUUGUAGCGUGACUUGUUUAAAUCAGCUUUGUGAGCGGGACGGGGUAUGUUCUAGCGGUUGUGUUGAUGGUGCUUAUGGUAGUACGUGCGAGUUAUCAUGCAAAGAGACAUGUAACAACGGUAAAUGUGACCGGUCGUCAGGCGAGUGUUCUGAAUGUGACAAACCGUUAGAAGUACAAACUGAGCUGUGCAGGACAGCCGCAUGCCGUAGUGGAAAAACGGGACUUUUAUGCAAUGAGAAUUGUCCAGAGAACUGUUUUGAAAAUUGUGAUCGGUAUAAUUCAACGUGCGCCACGUGUAAGCCUAGUUUCUUCGGGUACCUGUGUGAGCAUGAAUGCGGAUAUUGUUCAGGAGUUUCAUGCGGCCAAAUAACAGGAACUUGUAUAUCUCAUUGCCUCGACGGAUACUUUGGAGAUAAUUGUACACUUAAUUGUAAUUAUCCCGGAUGCCUUUCGUGCGAUAGAUCUACAGGAGAAUGUGACGUAUGUAAACCAGGAUUUUGGACGAACAGUUGUAGUGAGUCAUGUAGCUCGGCGUGUGUGAUGUCAACAGACGGAAAUACGUAUUGUGACAAAGAAAGCGGCGGAUGCAGAAUUGGAGCCUGUAUUCCGGGAUAUUAUUCAGAGAGCUGUACAUUAGAAUGUAAUAUGAAUUGCCUCCCAGACUCUCAUAGCGACAUCCACUGCGAUUUCCGCUCUGGAGUUUGCAGAGAUGGUUGUGUCGACGGCUUUUAUGCCAAUUAUUGCAAUGUCUCUUGCAAUUCUAACUGCGUCGGCGGAGUGUGUGAGAGAAAUGGAGAAUGUUUGAGAAAUCUAGGAUGUUUGAAAAACUAUUAUGGGUUUGAUUGUGGCGAAGUAUGUUUGGAGACAUGCAAUGACAAUACCUGUCACCGAGACGAUGGUGUAUGUGAUGCAUGUCGUAAUCGGACAGCCGAUCGCAGCCCGUUAUGUAGAGACGCUGAAUGUAAACCAAUCAAUGGGGACUUUUACCACGGAUUAAAUUGCAGUAUUCCAUGUUCAGAAGGUUGUGCGUCUACUUGUCAGAGAUAUUCAGGAGUUUGCGAUGCAUGUAAAAUUGGAUUGUGGGGCCCCGGCUGUCUUGCUGACUGUGGAUCUUGUAAAGAUGUAGCGUGUUUCCAGAACAACGGCACGUGUUUUUCAGACUGUACUGAUGGUUUCUUUGGUCCUGGUUGUGACACUGAUUGCUUGUAUGAAGGCUGCAAUUCAUGUGACCGGAUCACUGGAAAAUGCCGCACUUGCAAGCAAGGUUUAUGGGGCGAAAAUUGUGCAGAUGAUUGUAGUCAAGCCUGCAUACCUAGCAAUAACGGCCUCAUAUACUGUGAAAAAGACACGGGCGUCUGUUCUCCUCAAGCCUGCAUAAGCGGUUAUUACAGUCCGCAAUGUACGAGCCAGUGUAGCGAGAACUGCCUUCCACCAUCAUUCUCUACAUCUGGUGUUGGCAGCUGUGGAUUGGAAAGUGGUGUAUGUGACGAUGGAUGCAAAACUGGAUGGUAUGGCGACUUUUGCGAUAUUGAAUGCAGUUUCAAUUGCGUUGAAAACACGUGCUAUAGAAACGGCAGUUGUAAUUUUCAACUUGGUUGUGUGCAGGGGUUUUACGGGUUUGAUUGUACAGAUAGAUGUACCCAAACAUGUAAUGAUGGUACUUGCGACAGAGAUGCCGGGAAUUGCGCUGAGUGUGACAAACCUGUUGAUGAGCAGAGCCCACUAUGCAGAAGUGCAGCAUGUGAUCCGCCUUAUUACGGUUUGUUUUGUAAUCAAACAUGCGCGCUAAAUUGUAAAGCUGGUUUAUGUGGACGCUAUACACGUGUCUGUGAUUCAUGCAUUGAUGACUUCUAUGGAGACGAAUGCGAUAAACCAUGUGGAAAUUGCAGAGGAGAUGUAUGUGAUCAGUCUACGAGCGCAUGCGCGAACGGAUGUGACGAUGGAUUCUAUACUGUCGGCUGCACUGCGCCUUGCAUUCACAACGGAUGCCAAACCUGCAACAUAACCAACGGGGAAUGUACAUCAUGUAAAGUAGAACUUUGGGGAAAUAAUUGUAAUUCAGCUUGUAGUCAGACCUGUUUGCCAGACACAGAUGACGGCAAUAUUUAUUGUGACAGGUAUAACGCCUACUGCGCAGAGAAUGCUUGUGUAUCAGGGUACUUUGGCAGAGACUGCACUCAGAAAUGCAAUACGCAUUGUGGAAUGAAUGACCUGGGACUUCGGCCAUGCAAUAUUGACACAGGAGUUUGUGACGAAGAUAAAUGUGAACAAACUUGGUAUGGACCGCAAUGCAGUUUGGAAUGUCCAGUCAAUUGUGUCAAUAACAAUUGCAACAGAACUGGCGUAUGCGUGGAAGGAUGUCUCACAGGCUACUGGGGUCCAAUGUGCCAAUCACAAUGUCAGCUGGAAAAGACAUGCAAUGAUGCGACAUGUGACCAGUACCAAGGCGAAUGUUUGGAUUGUUUGACCACAGAUCCAACACCCUUAUGUAGAACUGCAGCUUGCAGACCGGCUAACACCUGGGGCUUAUUCUGUCAAUUCACCUGCACCGAGAAUUGUGCAGAUGGUACUUGUUCACGAGAUGACGGCACCUGUACUGCUUGCAAACCGGAGAAGUAUGGAAAGUUCUGUAGUAACGCCUGUCCCAACUGCGGCACAGAUCAAUGUUACCAGACCGACGGUGUUUGCGUUGAUUCAUGUGACCCCGGAUGGUACCAACUCGAUUGCAUGACACCAUGCAAACACGACGGAUGUCUCGAGUGUGAUCGUAACACUGGAGAAUGUAUUUCGUGCAAAGCUGGGAAAUUUGGCACAAACUGCUCAUUAGAAUGCGCAACAACGUGCGCAUCAGAUAGUAACGGCGUUAUUACGUGCAACAGGUUUUCCGGAGAAUGUGAUACAAAGGCUUGCAUUACAGGAUAUUACACACCACAGUGUACCAAACGCUGCAGCCAGUUCUGUGAGGGUGUGGCAUGUGACAUCGACUCUGGAACGUGUGCUCCCUGUGUCAAUGGUUGGUACGGACAAAGAUGCGAUGGAGAAUGCAGUACUAGAUGCAAGAACAAAGACUGUGAAGUUCUCGAAGAUAAUUGUAGACUGGGAUGUACAGAUGGUUACUGGGGUGGUAGCUGUGAAAAAACGUGUAAUGUCAACUGUGACAGUAAGGCAUGUAACGCAGGUACUGCUUCGUGCUUGUAUGGAUGUAACGCAACCAAAUUUUUUGGAAUGACAUGCGCGGAACCCUGCAACGGAAAUUGCAUAGAAGAUAUCUGUAACAGAACUGGUUAUUGUCUGAAAGGAUGUGAGGUUGGAUGGUAUGGUGAUCAAUGUCAGUACAGAUGCCAAGAUGUGUCAAAAUGUACAGACGGUACAUGUGAGCGUCUAGCAGGUAUCUGCGAGGAUUGUAAUACAGCCACUCCAGGACCAAACUGCCCCACUGCAGAAUGCCCUAGUGGUAAACGGGGAAACACUUGCGAAGAAGAUUGUACCAGCAGUAAUUGCCUAUAUGACCAGUGUGGAAGAUAUACUGAUAAAUGCAAUGCUUGCCCUGCCGGCUAUUAUGGAGAUAAAUGCGAGUUGAUAUGUUCCCGGUGUAAAGCUGGUACCGGAUGUGAUCAAGCAACGGGUGUGUGUAUUGCUGGCUGCAAGGACGGAUGGUACCGACCGGACUGUAAUACUAAUUGUUCUAAUGUUUGUGGGUCUUGCGAGAGGCAAAGUGGUGAGUGUGUAACGUGCGCAGCUGGACGGUGGGGAAAUGCCUGCGACCUUACAUGCAGCUCAAACUGUGUUGAGACCAUUAUGAAUGGAAACAGUAUGGUGUUCUGCGACAAGGCGUCAGGAAAAUGCCGCGAGCAGGCAUGCAAGGUGGGAUUUUGGAGGGAGGAUUGUACACAGGCAUGCAACAGCAACUGUUUGCAGGAUGACAACAACAAUCGCGUUUGUAAGUACCUAGACGGAGAAUGUUCAAACGGUUGCAAGGAAAAGUUUUAUGGCAAAACUUGCUCUGGUUUGUGUAGCACACGUUGUAGAGAACAGCUCUGCACAAAUUUUGAGGACACAUGUGAUUUAGGUUGCGCUGACGGGUAUUAUGGGGCUACUUGCGAUAGAACUUGCAGCGUUCAUUGUGCAGGUCAAGGCAGAUGUUAUCCGAGCACCGGAGAGUGUUUAGAUGGUUGUGAGUUAGGCUAUUAUGGUUUGCGAUGCGACGAUCAGUGUAAAAACACUUGCAAUGAUGGCACGUGCAAUGACGUAGGUGGCUGCACUGACUGCGGACUAGAUCCUGUGGGACCGAACUGUCGUGUCCAAGUGUGUAACCCAGGACUGUACGGACCUACCUGUGAAUCAGAGUGCCCUGGAGAUUAUUGCCUUAACAACCAGUGUAAACGAACCACCGGAACAUGUGAAAAUGGCUGUUUAGACGGCUAUUAUGGCGCUUACUGUACGGAAGUUUGUCAGUGUGACCGAAGUGGGACUUCCGAAUGCGAACAAACUAAGGGCGAAUGUCUCUGCAGGCCUGGAAACCAUGGUACUCUAUGUGACCAGAGAUGUAGCACUGGGUGUAUCGAUUUUACGUGUGAACGUGAUGGGACGUGUACACAUGGAUGUGAAUCUGGGAAAUUUGGAUCCAAAUGUGAAGACACGUGUACAAACUGCCUCAAUCAAGCCUGUAAUAGUGCAAAUGGGAAUUGUCUGCAAGGUUGUGUGGAAGGUUGGUAUGGUCCACAAUGCAACUUACCGUGCAAGGCAGAAUGUAGAACAUGUGAUAUUCAGACUGGAGAGUGCACGUCAUGUGUAAACAGCUACUACUCAUUCCCGGCUUGCGAUAAAACCUGCAGCAUCAACUGUAACAUACAAGGAUCUGACCGCACUUGUAACCAAGUCAAUGGAGAUUGCAUCUAUGGCUGCAAAACGGGAUAUUACAGUCUUGACUGCAGCGAGUCUUGUGGAAAUUGCGAUAGAUGUAACGCAAAUGAUGGUUCUUGUCCGACCUGCAAUGCCGGUUGGUGGGGAACAACAUGCAAGAACCAGUGCAGCUCUUACUGCGCAAGGGGCGGAUCAAGCAAUGAAAGAAUGUGCAGACAGUCGGAUGGUUAUUGCGAGUUUGGAUGCGAAGCUGGCUACUAUGGCGAGACUUGCAGUUCUGCUUGUAUCAGUCGAAGUUGUGCGAACGGUGUAUGUGAUCGACAGACCGGAGCAUGCACAGCUGGUUGCCUAUCUUUCUUCUACGGUACUAACUGUGACCAGAGAUGUGAUAACUGCAAAGACGGCCAAUGUGAACAAGCGAAUGGUUACUGUAUCGGCGAUUGUCCUGCCAAUUCCUAUGGCAACCAAUGCGAUAAGGAAUGUCUAAAGCCACUAUGUAAUGAUGCAACAUGUGAUAAAUAUUCGGGCUAUUGUUCGGAUUGUCAAAUAUCCCCAAAAGGUUCAAGAUGUUCAGUGCAAGAUCCAGUGACUGAAGCUCAAGUAGCUGAAGACGUUCUAUCGGUAGAGGCGAUCAUAGGGGUUACUGUCGGAUCUGUUGCCUUCGUCAUCAUCUUUGUUGUCGUCUUCGUGUGUUGUAUGAACUACAAGAGACGAUACGAUGACGCCAAAACAGAAAUCCAUCUGCCAUCUGACGUCAUUGAACGCUUGUCGACGCAUCGCUCAUUACACAGCACCACAUCGACUAAUUAUCCAGUGGCUCGUGUUGUUGGAGAUGACGAGAAAGACUUUGUUCUUUUUUAAUGAUACGCUAAUGUAGAAGUAAACAAAUUGAGUCAUCGAAGUGCGUGCGUUGAAACCAAAUAUCAUAUUGUUGAUAUUUUGCUGAAUGAAGAUCAACAUGAAUACAGUUGAAAGACUGUUAGCAUCUAAACGAACACAAACUAAAUAAAAACAAGAAAAUGAUUGAAUGCACAACUGUGUUUUUAUUUGUAAUAGUCUAAACUACAUCUAUUUACCACAGUUUAGAAAAUAAUUAGUAAAGACUUACAGUGUCGCCUUGAUGUAUGUUGAUCAUAGCUUUUAAUUGAAAAAGUAUUUAGUAGUACAAUUAGUAAAAGCAGCAGCUCUUAAUGUUUUAAAUACUUAUACUGAAGCCUUUAUGUAUACAGCAAUUAGUAUUUAAUUUGAUCAAACAAAGAUUUCUAGAUAUGUUUCUGUAUACGACUUAUAGUUUGUGUACUAGUAUGUUUUUAUUUUGCACAAUAUAUAUUAUUUUAUUUUUUCUGUUCCUACGUUACUGAAUGGGGUUCGAUGUUGUACAUUUCGCUGGUUUGUUGACUGCAUACUAGUAUUAUGUAAUGAUGUUUCACUGUGCCAUAUUACUCUAAAAUUUUAUGCAUGCAAAACUAAACUUAUAUUCAUAUUUUACCGAGGACAUGAAAUUGAUCAUUCAUUCUUCAAGAAUGUAUUAAAUAUAUAAGAAAUUAGUUAACCCUUAUCAUGCUGGACAGGACUGAUUUUGACUUUGCGACCAGUGUAGAUCAUGAUUAGCCUGCACAUCCGUGCAGUCUAAUCAAAACCUGCACUGUUCCCUAUUCAAUCAGUAUCUUUUUGGUUAUCACCCCUUUUAACAGUUAAUGGUACUGUCCAAAAUGAAAGAUGGACAAGGUCAUUACAGAAAUUUAGUAGGGUAAGGGUUAGAAACAAGCAGCUGGAAAUUUUAUGUACAUUCUAAUGUUGUUAAAUCGUAUCUAUCUAUCAAAUCAAAUAGUAUAAUCCAUUUGAAAAAUAGUAUAGUGGAUAUCUGUCAGAAAAUCACAUAAAUGCAAUAUAUAUGAAUCAUAUUUUUAUUCUCAGUGUAUUCAAACUCAUUGAAUAAAUACCUGUCUGGGUGUUAUAUUGCUUAUGUACUUUUACAAAACGACUUAGUACGAUAAAUGUUGAUAAACCUUGAAAAGGUUCUUUCCAGAAUUGAUUUAUUUGCUCUGUUAAUUCAUUAGUACCUGGUUGCAGUUGUUUUGGUUGCUCAACAGUUGAUAAUAUCUAAUCGCUAUAUAUCAGCGUUCAUUCACCGACCCUAUUUGAAGCCUUGAAUCUAUGUAUAUAUAAGCAUGCAUGUACAUAUUUGUAUUUCCUUCUUAUCUUUUUUAAGCAUAUAUUUUGAUAUUUCAUGAAAGUGUUUGUUUGAUAUAUCUUUAUAGUAUUUUCUUACAUCUAGGGUAAGGUUUAUUUGUUUUCGUCUAAAAUAUGUGUUAAUGUAAUUUUGCUUUCAAUAUAAUAUAAAAAUUUCAAAGCCCAUGUUCAUAGGCGUACUUGUCAAAAUCUAAAGUGGAGAAAACUUGAUAUCUACAAAAAGAAUGAUGAAUGAUGAAAGUUGUUUCUCUAAAUAGUCCAAGGACGUGAAUGAAAUUCAAAUCACCUGCUCUGCAGAAACUUUGCAGUUGUAAGGAUCUAGAUAUAAUUGUGAGUUUAAAGGGACUGAACUCCAGAUUUUGGCUUAAAAAGAUAUUUCUUUACAAUUGAAGUUUGGUCCUAUUAUUAUACCCCCACCAAACAUGUUUGAGGGGGGUAUAUAGGAGUCAGUUUUGUCGCGUCCCGUCGCGUCCCGUCCCGUCCCGUCCCGUCGCGUCCCGAAAUCUAUUAUCUCAGUUAUUACCAAAUGGAUUUGAUUCAAACUUAAAAUACAUGUUCCACCUUAUCACCCACAUCAUGUGACACAAGGUGCAUAACUCUUGACACCAAGUUUUCAUGAAUUAUGUCCCCUUUUACUUAGAAUUUAGGGUUAAUUUUGCUGUAUUUUCACUCUAUCUCAGUUAUUACUAAAUGGAUUUGAUUCAAACUCAAAAUAGAUGUUUCACCUCAUCACCCACAUCAUGUGACACAAGGUGCAUAACUCUGACACCAAUUUUUUAGCUCGACUAUUCAUAGAAUAGUAGAGCUAUUGGACUCGCCCAUGCGUCGGCGUCCGCGUCGGCGUCCGCAUCCGCGUCCCGAUUUGGUUAAGUUUUUGUAUGUAAGCUGGUAUCUCAGCAACCACUUGUGGGAAUGGAUUGAAACUUCACACACUUAUUCACUGUGAUAAACUGACUUACAUUGCACAGGUUCCAUAACUCUGUUUUGCUUUUUUACAAAAUUAUGCCCCUUUUUUGACUUAGAAAUUUUUGGUUAAGGUUUUGUAUGUAAGCUGGUAUCUCAGUAACCACUUGUGGGAAUGGAUUGAAACUUCACACACUUAUUUACUGUGAUAAACUGACUUACAUUGCACAGGUUCCAUAACUCUAUUUUGCUUUUUUACAAAAUUAUGCCCCUUUUUCGACUUAGAAUUUUUUGGUUAAGGUUUUGUAUGUAAGCUGGUAUCUCAGUACUCACUGAUGGGAAUGGAUUGAAACUUCACACACUAGUUCACUGUCAUGAUCUGACAUGCCCAAAGCAGGUCCCAUAACUUUAUUUUGCUUUUUUACAAAAUUAUGCCCCUUUUUCAACAUAGAAAUUUUUGGUUAAGUUUUUGUAUGUAAGCUGGUAUCUCAGUAUCCACUAAUGGGAAAGGAUUGAAACUUCACACACUAGUUCACUGUCAUGAGCUGAUAAGCACUAUGCAGGUUCCAUAACCCUAUUUUACUUUUUUACUAAAUUAUGCCCCUUUUUCGACUUUCUUAUUCAUUCAAGCGACAAGGCUGUUAAAUAGUCGAGCGUUGCUGUCCUCCGACAGCUCUUGUUUUAUGAAUUAUGCCCCUUUUUACUUAGAAUUUAAGGUUGAUUUAAAUGUAUUUUCACUAUAUCUCGGUUACUACUGCAUGGAUUUGAUUCAAACUUAAAAUAGAUGUUCCACAUCAUGUGCCCACAUCAUGUGCCCACAUCAUGUGACACAAGGUGCAUAACUCUGACACCAAGUUUUCAUGAAUUAUGUCCCCUUUUACUUAGAAUUUAAGGUUAAUUUUGUUGUAUUUUCACUAUAUCUCAGUUAUUACUAAAUGGAUUUGAUUCAAACUUAAAAUAGUUGCUCCACCUCACCACCUACAUCAUGUGACAUAAGGUGCUUAACUCUGACAUAAAUUUUUUAUGAAUUAUGUCCCCUUUUACUUUAAAUUUAAGGUUGAUUUUGAUGUAUUUUCACUAUAUCUCAGUUAUUACAAAAUGGAUUUGAUUCAAACUUAAAAUAAAUGUUCCACCUCAUCACCCACAUCAUGUGACACAAGGUGCAUAACUCUGACACCAAUUUUUCAUGAAUUAUGCCCCUUUUUACUUAGAAUUUAAGGUUAAUUUUUAUGUAUUUUCACUAUAUCUCAGUUACUACUGAAUGGAUUUGAUUCAGACUUAAAGUAGAUGUUCCACCUCAUCACCCACAUCAUGUGACACAAGGUGCAUAACUCUGACACUAUUUUUCUUGAAUUGUGUCCCCUUUUACCUAGAAUUUAAGGUUAAUUUUGAUGUAUUUUCACUAUAUCUCAUUCUGAUUGGCUUAGAGCCAAAGGGAAGUAACCUUUUUUUAACUUUUGUAUGGAGUUUCUUCACCUUAAAUUCCAGGAAUUAGUCUAUUUUUAGAAAUCUUAUUUUUAGAUUUUCAAUAUUAUAGGUAUUUUUUUAACUUUUUUAUUAUAAGUCCUAUGUAAAAAGUAAAUACAUUUUUCUGUGGUAACAUGGGUUGGUAAGACACUUUUUUGUAUUCACUUUUAGUGUAUCUCUAAUAUUAGAGAUUUAAUAUAUUUACUAGUAUUACUAUACUAGUAUUAUACUAGUAUUACUUACAUGUGGAAGCCCAGGAUGAAGUACUCCAAAGACUAAGUAUUUUUAAGAUUUCUUAUGGUUGCCUUUCUUCUGUGACUAGACUGUAUGGUGGGGGUAUGAGUCACUCCUGUGACAGUUCUAGUUAACAUUAGAACAUGAUUUUUUGUUUCUGAGCUAUUUUUUAAAAUAUUAAACCAAAUUGUUAUAUGGAAAUUGAAAAUAGUUUUCACAUUUAUUUUUUAAGACCACCUAUAUAUGUUUGUCAAUAAAUGAAUAAGUGUGGAGGGCAAUGAACGUUUUAACAAUGUAUUUUUAACGUAUGUUUAUUGUCUUAUGAGUGUAUGAACAUUAUGAGGAUCUUGCAUGCCUUCCUGUGUAAAACAGGAGUUUCCCGGUAUAUAGUGUGGAAUGAAAAACAGAGGUUCCAAUUUGUCCUAAGGGUCGGUUAAUUAAGCUGUCAUUCACUGGUAGACAUGUAAGAUCAUUUUUUUUUGUCACGUUCAAAAUAGAUCGUGGUAACGAAUAGAUCUGGGGUUUUCGUGAUAUAUAGGUUAUGACGUCAUAAUGGUGUUUGUACUAUUGACGUCACCUAAGUGCACUCUGUUCUAUUUUGGGGAAAGACAGAAAUAUUUAUCCCAGACCUGGAACAGUUGUGUACUUUCUACGUCAUGUAGGCAAGAAAUGCAUGUAUUUUAAACAUAUAAUCACUCUCUAUAUAAUUUACAUUUUGUAAUCCAUGUAUUGGGAGAUAUAUAAGUCAUUUGUUGGACACGAUUUAGUUUGUAUGACAAAAUAGAUCUACUGCGGUUUAGAUAUUGUUUCGUUGUGCAAAUUCAAUAUACCUUGCAUUGUAUAUUUUCAUAUUGUCUUAAAUGAAGUUGUUUUCCGUAUAGGGAACAACAAAUGACAUUUCAAACUCAAAAGACAAUUUCAAAUUUGGAAUCUUACUCAGGUAGCUCUGCCUGUUGCGUUUGUUGACUUACAACUCUUAAGUUUCAUUUUAUUUUGUCUAAGGUUUUCAAAAUAUUCAUAAGAUCAUACUUUACAAUGAUCAACCAUAUCAGUUUGCUUUAAAGUGCAAUACAGGUCUUUGCAAAUAUUACAUUUGACAGGAGUUUAAAAUAUAUCCGCGUGGCCAACUGGUACCGCUAGUGUGAGGUAGCAAUACAGAUUUAACGGCAAAUCGUGAAUAUGCAGGAAGCGAUGAUAAUGUCAUUGGUAAUAUUCCUUAAACAAGAGAAAAAUGCGAUGAUAAUGUCAUCGGUAAUAUUCCUAAAACAAGAGAAAAAUGCGAUGAUAAUGUCAUUGGUCAUAUUCCUUAAACAAGAGAAAAAUGUGAUGAUAAUGUCAUCGGUAAUAUUCCUAAAAAAGGGCAAAAUGCGAUGAUAAUGUCAACCAAACAAAGGAAAACUGUCAUUGAUAAUUUCCUAAAACAAGGCGAAAAAUGUCAUUGUUAAGCGUCCUAAAACAAGGUGAUGGGGACUUUCAUGGGUAAUAUUCCUAAAACAAAGAAAGAAUGGGAAACUGUAUUAUUAUGUGCCACUAAUGAGUACAGUAAGCCUUUUAGUAUAUAACAUGUACAUCGAUACAAAACAAGUAUAUUUAUAUAUGAUUACAUUUAUUUUUUUCAAUUUUGUAAAACAAACUUUUCACUAAGAUGUUUGAUUCCAAUCUCGGUUGUAGUACAUCCAUCCAUUAGUGUUAUCAGUUGUCCAUCUGUGGUAUAUGCAGUAAGAACAAAACAAUAUGAAAAUAUACAAUAAAGAAUGUAUCUAAUACAAUAUAUUAUUAUGAAGUAUUAUUCAUAGAAGUGUUGGUUUGCAAUAUUAGAAUAAAACUAUAUUUUAUAUAUUA